AUGAAGGGAGGGAAAAGGAGAAAAACCAGCAAGUCCGUAGAACCCCGACAUUUCCCUCCCUCACUUCAGCCAUCUGCCGCCGCCACGACCGUCAUUGGUGGCGGCGAUAUGGAGGUGGGGGUGGUGAAAAAUCCAGAGGAAAGUGAAAGAUUUGAAGCUACUGAAGCUGCUUCUGAAGAAGAAGAAGAAGAAGGGAAAACGCAAGACUCCCAGCAGUUGGAGAACUCGAAAAUCGAAGAACUCGAGAUGGAGGCAGAGAGGCUUAAGCUAGCUGAUGGGUACUAUUUGAUUGAAGCUGUGCGCAGUAAGCGCAUUCGGAAGGGCAAAGUGCACUAUCUGAUUAAAUGGCGAGGCUGGUCAGAGGCGGAAAACACAUGGGAGCCUCUGGAUAAUCUACUGCAAUGUUCGGAUGUUAUUGAUGCAUUUGAAGAAAGUUUGAAAGCAGAGAAAGGCCGGUCAACGCGUAAGAGAAAGCGCAAGAGCAGUAUAACUUUCACUGGAACCAAGAAAAAGCAUCAACAGCGAUCUCCUGUUGCUGCCACUUACAAUGUACCCUCAGACAGUGUUAGGAUUAAAGAAGGCCUUAUUGCGAAUGACAAUGGGAAGACUCAUGCUAGUGAUGUGAACAAUGUUGAAACAUCCAAGAAAGAAAACAAAAAUGGUCUUAAAAUGGUUUCGAAAGGAAGACAUAAAAAAACUGAGUUGGGUUUGAAGCUGUGUGAACUAAAGGGAGCAAUGGUAAUCAGUGAGGACUAUGUGGACAGGCUUUCUGUGCCUUCCCAAGAAGGGCAAUUGACAACAGGAGAUGCCUUUGCAAAUGGAUUACAGAUGGCUAAUGUUAUAGAACCAGCUCUGUCCAGUCAAUGUAUUGGAGCUAAAAAGAGGAAAUCUGGUUCUGUCAAGAGGUUCAAAAAAGGUCCAGUAUCAUACACUAUGGAUGAUGCACAAAAUGGUAAUCUGGCUGAACCAAGAGGUGUUCAAAGUCCUGAUUUUCUGGGGAACAAUACGAAUGGCAAGAGUCAGCUCGAGGAUUCCAGAAAGCUGGGUACUACUAUUGCUCAGAUAAUAAAGCCUAUAAGCUAUCAAAUUUCUAUUUCAAACAAUGUUGAAGAGGUUUUAGUAACCUUUGAUGCUGUAAGGCUUGAUGGUACUAAAGUGACGGUGGAUAACAAGUUUUUGAGAGCCAACAAUCCACUUCUGCUGAUAGAUUUUUAUGAGAAAAAUCUUCGUUACUGUUCCUCAUGUUGA